AAUCGCUUCGUCGAGUCUAGAACGAUGGCUGCGAUGGCCGGGCAUGACGACAUCGUUGGCCUCUACGAAGACAGCAGUAGCAGUAGCGGUGAGAUCUCGAUCGAGGCGGUCUCGGCCUUCCUGGCGCCCACCGUCGACUUUGGUGACCAUACAUCGUCGUCCGAUGCAUCGCCAGCACGCAAGCGCCCGUACCAGCGACCCAAGCAAGAACUCGACUACCUCCGCAUCAAGCACGAGACGCUCGUCCAGAAGCUGCAGUUAUUGCAAUCGCAGCUUGCGACAGCGGAAGACACGCAGCCGUGGAAGGCCCGGGCCAUCGAGCAAGCGCAGUCGGUCCAGCGGUCGCUGCAAGAGAACGCGCGGCUCAAGGAGAUGGUCACGGACCAGAUCCAAGUCAUCGAGGCCCUCGAAAAGGUAUUGACAAAGCGGCCCAAGUUUGGCACGUUUCCGCCCGCGGAUGUCGCGUGGAAGCAAGCGAUUUUAAGCGACACCAACCGAGAAGAAGACUUGGAGGCGCUCUUGCAGCACCAGUACGACAAGCUCAACAGCGAAUGGAUCCGUUACGGUCUCCACGACGCACGAGACCGGCGCCUCCACAUGCGCAAGGCGUUUGUGCAAAGCGCCAGCGAGGAUGCCAGCGACGACGCCAUCAUCUUUCUCGGCUCCAAGACGGUCCCGCUCGAUUUUAUCACGAUGAGCAACGUGGUGUGGGCCCACAAGUCAAACCCCGUUUGUGACAACAGCACCGUUCUACAAGCGUUUCAUCCCGAUCUGGUCUACAUUCGGGAAGACAUUGUACUGCCGGACCCAUCGAUGCCGGUGCUUGAAGCCCGCAUCGCCAUGCGCCGGUAUGUCGAGACGGACCGCGUCGUGACGGUGUGGCGCUCGAUCAUUGACGACAAACUCCAUCCCCACAAAGAUGGCCACUUGAUAUGUAAACGCGAGGGCUGGUCGGUACUGCAUGCGGACGCCGAUGGUAGCGAGUCCAAUAUGCAAAUGUGCAUGCGCUUGCACAUGCCCAUUAUCCCGCAUGCGCUCCAGGCGAUCCAGCCCGCUGUUGGCACGCUCACGGAGCUCCUCUUGCAAGCUGCCGAGGUCAACCGCGAUCGGUUCGGCUGCACGCUGCAUCGCGCGAUCGAGAAUCACAAGAAAAUGCGAACGGCACACGACGACUAAGUUGACCAAAUCAUUUUCUAAAGU